AUGUCGUUGUUCACUGUUGAACAGCUCGAAUUGAUACGACGACUCCGCACCACCGGCAUCUCGUCGGAGCAGGUCCUGAAGGCAUUCACUGAAUUGGAGAAGGUUGAUCGCGAGGAGACAAACAAUAAUAUUGACAAUGAGAGCAGUAGUAGUAGCAGUAGUCGAAGUAGUCCGCCGACGCCGGAACUCCUCGUCGCACAAUCGCCGCCGGCGUCGAUGUCGGUGGUGACGGUGCCGAACGCCUCGUCAGCAGAUUCGCCGCCGCCGACGUUGAUCGCCGCCGGCAGCUCAUCGCCGCUGCCGCCGCAACCGCCGCCGCCUCCGCCGCCUCCGCCGCCAACCGCCUUCGAGCAGAUGAGCCAGGGGCCGCCGAGGCCGAUUCGAAGUCAGCGAACGCCGAUGAAGGAGAUCACGACGCUCGACAAUCCGAAUGAGCUUGAUGAGUUCAUGACGCAGGGCGAGGAGGCGUGCAUCGCCGACAUGCGCGCAUUCAUCACACAGUACUCAUUGCGGCAGACGACCGUCGCGAUGAUGACCGGCGUCAGCCAACCGUAUAUCUCGAAACUUUUGAACGGCAAUCAUCGCGAGUUGUCGUUGAGAUGCCGAAAGAAUAUCUAUUGCUGGUAUUUGAAUUGUCGACGACAUCCGGAGAAGCUUGCCGCCUUUCUUGCCGAUCCAUCGACGAGACUUGAGACGAAUUGCGAUGGCGAGCUGAUUCCGCAACGUCGCGAGCGCUACGUCUUCCGGCCGAUUCUUAUCCGAAUGCUCGAGAGCUUCUUCGCGCAGACGCCGUUUCCCGAUUUGCAGCGGCGCAUCGAAAUCGCCACCGCGUGCAAUCAUGUGCUCUCACUUGACAAAAAAGGUGUCGGACUCAUGCCGAAGGAGAUUGUCUCGCCGCAAGUGGUCUCGAAUUGGUUCGCGAAUAAGCGGAAGGAAUUGCGAAGGAAGAACGCCGAGAAUUAUUCGUCGUCGGGAUUCUCGAACACUGGAAACUCGACGAAUAAUGAUUGUACUAGUGGAAGUGUUUCCAGCAUGAGUCCGCCGUCGAGAGACGAGGAGAAUGGCUCGAGAGCGCUCUCGCCGACGGUGAGCGCGUGCCAGAAUCAUGAGAACACGAUUCCGUUCGAUCUUUCGGUGUCGUCGUCGACGCCGGUGACGCCGACGACGACGACAAUGUCGACGGCAGGCGCCGUCGACAUUUUCGCGGUCGCCAAACGACUCGGCUUCCAGCUGCCGUCGCUUCCACUGAUUCCCGACGCGAAUUUUGCGGCGAACUUGAUGAAUGUCACGCCGUUCCUUCCGUUCUCGAUGUUCGCGACGACAUCGUCGCAGGCGAACGUCGAUGAGCCGCUGAUGGCGUCUGGAUUCAAAAUCGAAUGA